CAUAGCAUUGCAAGCUCCUUCGCCAUCACCUCGAGUCUCGAGGCAUAACCCCAUUCUCAGCUCCUCCCUUCCCGCCCAUUAACCCCAACCCCGCGAUGUCCACCCCCGCCCCCGAGAUCCUGCUCUUCGCGCGCGGCGUCCUCGCCCUCUUCGACCUGUGGCCCGCGCUAACCAUCGCGGUACAGAACGGGUGGGGCGGGCCCGAGUCGGUGGAGAAGAAGACGUGGCUCCUCUCCGAGCUCGUCGAGCUGUUCGAGGAACGCGCGGUGCGCCUGCCGAGCGGCGCGAUCGAUCCCAGCGGCGACGAGCCGCUGAGCGAGGACCAGGUCGCCGGGCUGCUCGAGCAGGUGAUGGGCGACGAGUUCGAGGCCCUCGUCGAGGACAACUCGAUCGAGCUGAUGAGCGCCGACAUCGUGCGCUGUUGGCGCGACAUCCUCGCGGGCCGGGGCGAGGUCGUCGACGCCCUCGAGCGCAGGGCCGCACAGGCCAGCCGGAGCGGCGUCAAGGCACACGACGGCGGCGGCGAGGUCGAGGUCGAGGUCGGGGAGGAGGGGGAGUGGGAGAGCGAGGACGACGACGACGACGAAAACGAGGAGGAGGCGCCACAGCUCGUCGAGGCUCAGCCGCAGGAGCCCAGGCAGCGCCAGGGGCCUGUCAUCGACGACGACGGGUUCGAGAUGGUCCAGUCCCGCAAGUCGCGCCGUCGCUAAGCUGCGAUUCCUCUCCAAGCCGCGCUGCGCCCGGGCGCUCCGUUCAGUCCUCGACAUCGAUGGCGACGACCACCAACACAAGCUUACGCCCAUCGCUUCGUUGAUGCGCGCUCCCGCCCCGCCCCGACUGCCCCAUACUGUAUAUAUUUAGUCCGCGCCCGACAUGCAUAGAUCUGGGCCCUUGAUUGCUUACUCCCUCGUG